AUGGCGGAUCUCUCGAAUACAUUUGUGCGGGAAAUUGAAAUAUUUAACUGCAGUUUAAACAUUCACCAAGCUUAUAUCGGUGAUGUCGGCUGUGUAAUAUGGGAUGCAGCCUUAGUGCUUGCCAAAUAUUUAGAAAAAACAAGAAAAGAAGACUUAAAUAAUAAGAAAGUUCUUGAAUUAGGAGCCGGGACAGGGAUUGUUGGUCUGUGUUGCUCUCUGGCAGGGUAGGAAAAUAGCAUUGAUAGUAGUCUCCGACGCAGCUGUGUUGGAGACUAGUAUCGGGUGCGAGGUGUAGUAUACUAGGAAAAUAGUUGCCUAGGAAAUAUUUUUUGUAUUUCUUGUUUUUCCAUGUUAUUUGGAAGGAUUAGGGUUGAGAUUUUAGGGUUGGUGUGAUUUUGGGAUUAUAUAGGGUUAGAAUUAUGGUGGGAUUAGGAUUAGAGCUAGACUUAAUUAGGGCUAGGAUUAGAGUUAGGAGUAAAGGAUUAGGGUUAAGAUUUGGAUUUUGGAUCUUAGGAUUAGAGAGGACAGGGUAAUAUAUUCUGUCCCAAAGGACUAGCUGAUCCAAUUUGCAUUGAGAAGAGAGUGAAUCUAAUAUAUUUAUAUUUAUAAACAAUAUGUAAUUUCAUAUUUUCAUUUUCUACAGAGCUGAUGUAACUUGUACAGAUCUGAAAGAUUUGCAAUCAUUAAUUGAAUUAAAUAUGAAAGUGAAUAAAACAAAUUUGAAAGGAAAAUUUGAAUAUUGUGAAUUGAAGUGGUGAGAAAUUAAUAAUAUAAAAGUUACCCCAAAACACUCUGUUCAUUUUUACUCCCAGGCGGUCGGGCAAGAAGGGUGCAAGCGACACCACUGAGCGAGCUUUUUACAGGGGUUAGGUGUUAGAGUUAAAGACUUGCACACAAAGUAGGUGGGGUGAAGUGAAAUUUUGGUGGGGUUGAACACUUUAUAAGAGGGGUUAGAGAGAUUCUAAGGGGGGGGGGGGGUAAUCCCCACCCAGUAAAUCCGCCCAUGCCUGAAAGAUGUUAGGAAAUGGGUUAGGAUAAUAUGGAAAUUGACUCAGAUAAUUGCACUGUUUUUAGGGGAGAAAAUCUGAAGUCAUUCAAUCCUGUAGAUGUUCUUGUCAUGUCUGAUGUAAUAUACUACGAGGAGGUUUGUCUGACACUUCUGAUCAAAAAUAAGAUAUUUCAUAUGAUUCAUGCCUAAAUUGAGAAACUAUAUUGUGAUUUAUAAUUUUAGUCCCUAAGGCCUUUGACCAACACAAUAUGCCAUCUAGCAAAUGAAAAUACUGAAGUGUUAGUUAGCUACGAAGAACGACUUGAUGGAAAUAAACCUUACUUGAAGCAGCAGUUUUUUGAGGUACUGCUUCUUUGUUAGUAAAAAUAAAAUAUAUACUCAAUAAUUUGUACACAAAUGCGUUAAUGAUCAUGAACAAAACGCAAAAAAAUGAACACCGUAUCGUUGUCUUGAUAUGCAUUUUGAUUUUAGAUUCUGGAGAAAGGAUUUGAGAUGCACACUAUACCAGCGGAAGAUCAGGACCCAAUAUUCCAAAGCAGCGACAUACAUAUUGUCAAUAUGAAGAAGAGAAAGCAAUCAUGACAGAAUCAAUGAUGUUUAGACAAGACCAAGUAAUAGACAAGACCAGGUAAUACAGUCUUAACAAGUUUCCGUCAACACAUCAAAGAUCGUUCUUGAACUCUCCUAUGACGAUGUGAAAUUGCAUUUAUUCCCAUUCGUGAUUUCAAAUAAAAACUGUUGAGUUGUGAUUACCGAUUUGUAAGAACCAAAUUUAUCUCCUAUCUAUAAGUGAAUAUAACACGCCAUCUAAAUAGUAUAUUCUUAUUUCACCAGUUCCAUUAUUUCAUAAUCUAUGUGCUACCUACACUAAGACACAAAUUUUAUCUUCUAUCUAUAAAAAUGUUAGUCAAUGUAUCACGUCUUUUCGGGAUUACUUCGUAAUUCUUCUUACAGGAACAAAUUGGGGGCAACACUUCUCCCGUAUCAUGACAACAUUUGGAUAAUUUAUCAGUUGUUCUCCUCAACUCUUGUGUAGAAUCAUUUUGUAAUUGUGUAAAAUCCUCCUUAAAUUUUGACCAUUUUUCAAUUUCUCUGACAGCAUGUACGGGACGGUUUGGCAACGUGUUUUCCUGUGGAAUAAAAUGUGAGCAAGUUAUUACAGCUCCAGUCUAAAUAUGAUGUGUAAAGGUACCACUACUAUCUUUUACUACUGUAACUGGUACUGUAUGUUGUGAUUUGACAGAUCUAAGUUUUGCCUUAAAUAUUGGCCACGUAUUGACUGCGAAAUACGUCCACAAAAAGCCUUGAUCUUCAAGAAUGUCUUACGGCAGCUCACAAAAUAAAUUCGGCAAAAAUGGCGAAAGAAACUUUUCUAUAUGAACAAACUAGCGUGAAUAUUCGUGUACGCAGGAAUAUGAACUCAAAAGAAUUUCCAAAACGAGCAAACCGUGUCUCGGUUUGCUGAGUAACGUCGCACAACUUAACUGAUCUCAACAAAAAAGAAGAAAAUGUUUUCCAGGUAAAACUACGCAAUCCACCCAAUCGUGCCCAAAUAAAGUGAAAGCAUGAAUAAUAAAAACAAUACAUCUUCGCAAGCAUUAUCAAUAAAGGAUCUAAUGAAGGAUUUUGUUAAAACCAAAAAUGAACAAUUGAAGAACGUAUGGUGAAGGGACACAGAACAUUCAAUGAACAAUCGCACUGACUUCAACGGACAAUGGCCGGUCCAAGUUUUAUACCUUAUACUGUACGUUCUACUGUACACAUCUAGGGCUAUUCCCUUUCCUGAUUAAAUAUUUAUAUUUGAAUUCAGGAACGAAGCUGUAAGUCACUCCCUUACCAUAUUAUUAGACGUUUUUACAUCUUUCAGCUCUUGCAAUGUCUAAAUGCGGAUACCAGCAAUGAAUAUUUUGAGAAAUAUUAAUAAAACUUACCAAAGUGAACAGCCCAUCUGAUCCACGUCUGCUUGCUAUACCAAUCCUUUUCUGUCUUUGCUUUUCCCGGAAGAGAUUGGAAGCUUUCCAAACAUUUCUGAACGUUGUGAAACUUGGCUUUAUUCUACUUUGUUCCACAUGUCGAACCGCCUUUCCAAAACUAAGAUCAAUCACCGGCACUGUUUGUUGUCGACUGAGAAGUUGGUUAUCACAGUCCAUGCUUUUAUUCUGUGUUGAUGUAAUAGCCAGUUUGAAUCCUGUAGUCUUCUGUUCCAUGGUUUUAUUUUGAGCUGGUGUUACAGCUGGUUUAACUUCUGUAGUCCGUUUUAAUGCUGAAUUGUGUUUAAUGCUGCCAUUCUGUAAUGGUGUAAUAGCCAGUCUGAUAUUCCUUUUCAAUACUGAACUUUCCUUAAUCGAGUUCUGUUCAAGCGAACCUAACGACAAGCCUGAAAUAUCUUCGCAAACAUUUUUCUCAGCAAUGCAGGGACCGGGCUUUCUCUCCGCCUGUUGAGAUUUUAAAUCAUUCCAAUGUUUUAAAUGGAGAUUUUUUCUUCCAAUUUGGCUUCCUUUGUUGUUUUCAAUAAUGUCCACAUUUACGCGUUUAUUAUUACCAAGAAUAUAGUCAUUGUCCCAUGAAACAUGUUGAUUAUAACUUGUUAAGCUGUCGUUCUUGUUUCUUGUAUCGUCAUUACUAUUAUUACGUAGAAAAUGGUUGUCUUUUACAACAUUGUCGUUCCUAAAAUCUUCACAUUUAUUUGGUAAACUGUCAUUGUUUUUCCUUUUGUCCUUUUCCAACCUGACCGUGUCAAACUCUAUGCUGCAAACAUUUUCAGAUUCAAACGUACAAUAAGUCGUUGCAUUCUCAUUUCGUAAUAAACUUUUUCUGGUAUUCCUCUUAUGUAUGUCUUCUUCUCUAGACUCUGAAGAAGAAGACAGCGAAGGCUCUUUUUCUGCGUACGUGGUAGUAAGUCUUCCUUGAUAAUUGCCAACCAGCUGUUCAGAAAUGCUAGAUGAAUCGCUUUGUUUCUCCAUACUAUGAGCUUCGUCCAGUUGCAACCUAUUUUUAUGUUGUCUUGAAGAACGAGACUCUUCGUAUAUUUCCUUAUAAUCAAACGAUGAAUCCAUAACGUUUGUAUUUCUGGUUUCAUUAGUUCUACAACCUGUUUUGUCCACGCCAUAAACCUCAGUUUUUGUUGCUAGACAAUCUUCUUGCUCCUGGUCUGAAAUAACUUCUUCAGAAUAUUUGGUUAGUUGUUUGUCCGUAGCUAGUAGUAUCUCAUUCUCACAACAUUCAUUUUCCACCAUCGAAAAUUCAGAGUCUGAACUGUAUUUAGUUAUAAAACAAGUAUCCAACGAAUUCUCACUCAAUUCAUUAUCAUGAAUGUUUACUCGUGGGAUUUCAGGUUGUGAACUAUAUUUUGUUAUAAUACAGGCAUCAUCACUCAUAUUUGUAUCCAUUGAUUCAAUCCUACAUUUGCGAUUCUGUUGUUGUUCAGUUGAAGCUUCAGAAACUGUGUCAUCUCUGUUUUCACAAGGUAAUCCAGCAUUCUUCACUAAGUCUAAUUUCUGGUUGGGAAAAUCUGGUUGUUCAGUCUCCAGAGAUUCACUGUCCAGAUUUUGGGAGAUUUCUUCUGUUUCAUUCGUUGAAUUUUUUAUAAUUGCUGAAACAUGCCAUGCCCCGCAGGAAAUCU